AUGUUCAGAUCUUUGCUUCCAAAGCUCUCAGAACCCCCAACACCUCCAAACGAAUUCGAGUUGGACUUCCGUGUUAUAGAAAGGAUCGGCGGCCGUGUGUACAAGGCAAUACAUGAUUCCGGAAAAUUUAUCGUUGUUAAAAAGAUUCCAAUUCCAGAAGAUGGUUCCAAAGAAAACCAGAUUAAGAUGCUUGAAGAUGAAGUGAGGAAUCUACAAUCGCUGUCUCAUCCAAAUAUUGUUCAAUAUUUGGGAACGAGGAGAGCUGAGGGAACUUUGUUUAUCUUGAUGGAAUUCUGGGGCACAUCACUCUUUAACAAAUUUGCAGUACUGCUCAACGAGACCAGAACAAGAAGAUACACCAUUCAGUUGCUGCAGGGACUAAAAUAUUUACAUGAACGAAAAACUGUGCACGGAAAUAUUAAGGGAGCAAAUAUCCAGGUCGAUGCUUCUGGAGACAUUAAGCUCGCUGAUUUUGGUCUAUCAGCACAUUCGAAUCUUGUGGGGAAUCAGUCUUCAUCCGCAUACAGACAUGCUAUUGAAAUAUUUCAACCCCCGCCCCAUCUCGACCUAUCUGCUGAUAUAUGGUGUGUUGGGUGCACUAUGAUUGAGCUGACCAGUGGCAAGGAUCCAUGGAGUAGAGAGAGCUGGUCGAAUUAUCUUUUGCCUAAGAAAUUUUCUUUUCAUGCGAAAGACUUUUUGCAAGACUGUCUACAAUGGGAACAACAAGAAGAUUCGAGGCUAGCCACAUUUGUCUUGCUUCAGCAUCCAUUCUUAAACCCUACAUUCGACGUCCGACCUACUCAACUACUUCCGAGGGAAAGCCUAGUUGCUGAAGUACUACAUUCUAGCUCACCUUCACCAAAUUACGCAGCUGCAGCUGCUGCUAGGUUGAUUCUAGAUCAUCAUUAUGGCAUUUCAGGAGUUGAGGCAGCUGCUGAUGAACCUUCACCUAUUACUGUUGAACCUCCUAUAAUGCAGAGUCGACCUAACCAAGCCUUUGGACUUCAACAUGGAACCGCCGGCGCAGUUCCUUUCAGUUUAACUCUUAGUUCCAAUAUUGGAUCAACUUCCGGAUCUCAGUCUCCGAUUCGAUGGGACGAGCACAACUUGACCUUGAUCGGUUCCGGCUCAUCUGGGCCUGUCUACUUGGCCAAAGAUCAGUCUGGAUUCCCUAUUGCUGUCAAAAAGGCUCACAUCAGGGAGCUGGAUGAAGUGAAGCUUCUAUCAAAAUUGUCUCAUAAGAACAUUGUUAAAUAUUUGGGUGUGGAGACAAAGGAAGAAACCUCAUAUAUUCUGUUGGAGUAUGUUCAUGGCGAAUCUAUUUCAUCACAAUUAAUGAAGAGACCUUUCAGUGAGAAUAAAAUAAGAACAUACACGCAGCAGUUGUUGUCAGGACUACAAUAUUUACACCAAAAAGAAAUCAAGCAUGGUGACAUCAAGGGCGCAAAUAUCCUUAUUGAUGCUGAUGGAUGCAUUAAACUUGCAGAUUUUGGUCUAUCUAAACAGGGUGCACAACUCUGGAUGGCUCCUGAAGUCCUUGACAAGGAUCUGCAUAAUUCCAGAUUCACUUAUAAGUCUGAUAUAUGGAGUGUUGGGUGCACUGUUAUUGAGAUGGCCACUGGAGAGGAUCCUUGGAGGCGAAAGUACCACGCAGGGGACUCAUUUCUCAAACAUAUGGACAAAUCGGAUUCUGUUCCUACAAUCCCUUACAAUCUUUCUUCUGAUCUGAAACAAUUUUUGAGACGAUGUUUGCAAAGGGAACAGGAUUUGAGGCCAUCUGCAUCCCAGUUGCUUCAGGAUCCAUUCAUAACCGGGCAAAACAUCCCGCAACCAUCUACUGGCAGGGUACGCGGCGGCCCUUCUACCAGCGGAGGCGGCAGACAUCCUCGUCCUCCUGUUGCCACCGUAUGCUUCGGAGGCAGCGUUCGUCCUCCUGCAUCCAGCAGAGGCGGCGUCCAUCCUCCAGCUGCCAGCAGAGGCGGCGUCCAUCCUCCAGCUACCAGCAGAGGCGGCGUCCGUCCUCGUCCUCCAGCUACCGGCAGAGGCGGCGUCCGUCCUCAUCCUCCAGAUGCCAGCAGAGGUGGCAUCCAUCCUCGAUCUCCUACUGCUAGAGCUGCUAGCAGAGGUUUUCAACCUCAUCCUACUUCUACUGCUCGGGUAGGCGGCCUCGGUUCUCAUCUUGUUGCUGCACGCGGAUGCUGCGUUCCUCCACAUCUUCCUGCACUCAGGAGAGGCGGCCUCCAUCCUCAUCUUGGUGCUGUUAGGGGAGGGGGCGUCCGUCCUCAUCUUCCUGCAGGCGGCCUCCAUCCUCAUCUUGCUGCUGUUAGGGGAGGCGGCGUCCGUCCUAAUUAG